CAGCUCGCUGGCGGAGUCGGAGUCUUGACCCGAACCGAAACGGUGACGGUGCAGCUGACUCGAAGCUCCGUAGCUUGGGUGAACGUCGAAUUCCUCGUAUAAAUUCAGUCAAUUCAUAGUCUGUCACCUUCAGAACUCGUUCUCUUUGAAUCGAGAAAGAGAGAGAGAUAUAUAUCUCCGUUUUCCUGAACAAGACGGAAUAGCAGAUUCUCUGUAUUGGCAGAGAUACAAUCCCACUGGGUAUCGGAAAUUUUGAUUCACAAGAAUGGCUCAGCCCAAUGGAGAUCACAACGCUGCAGCUAAGCCACCACCAACUCCAUCUCCCUUGAGAUUCUCCAAGUUCUUUCAGUCCAACAUGAGGAUUUUGGUCACUGGAGGAGCCGGGUUCAUUGGCUCCCACCUUGUUGACAAGUUGAUGGAGAACGAAAAGAAUGAGGUGAUUGUUGCUGACAAUUACUUCACUGGCUCAAAGGACAACCUUAAGAAGUGGAUUGGUCAUCCGAGAUUCGAGCUCAUCCGUCAUGAUGUGACUGAACCUUUGCUGGUUGAAGUUGAUCAAAUUUACCACCUUGCCUGCCCAGCUUCUCCAAUAUUCUACAAGUACAACCCUGUGAAGACCAUUAAGACAAAUGUGAUUGGUACAUUGAACAUGUUGGGGCUUGCCAAGAGAGUUGGAGCUAGGAUUCUGUUGACCUCAACUUCUGAGGUUUAUGGCGACCCCCUUAUUCAUCCUCAGGAGGAGAGCUACUGGGGAAAUGUCAACCCCAUUGGAGUCAGGAGUUGCUACGAUGAGGGAAAGCGAGUGGCAGAAACUUUGAUGUUCGACUAUCACAGGCAGCACGGCAUUGAGAUCAGAAUUGCCAGAAUUUUCAACACUUAUGGACCUCGUAUGAACAUUGAUGAUGGUCGUGUUGUCAGCAACUUCAUUGCUCAAGCUCUUCGCAACGAGCCUUUGACUGUUCAAGCACCCGGAACACAAACUCGAAGCUUUUGUUAUGUCUCCGACAUGGUUGAUGGUCUUAUGAAGCUAAUGAACGGAGAAAACACUGGGCCAAUUAACAUUGGAAAUCCUGGCGAAUUCACCAUGAUUGAGCUUGCUGAGAAUGUCAAGGAGGUUAGUUCAAUCAAGUCCUUUUACCAGUCCUGUUCUCCAAACAGUUUUAACCGGUUUGUAUUCAUCAAUUCACUCAUAUCCCUUGUCGUGCAGCUCAUCAAUCCUAAGGUGGAGAUAAAAAUGGUGGAGAACACGCCAGACGAUCCUCGCCAGAGAAAGCCGAACAUCACAAAGGCCAGGGAAUUGCUGAAAUGGGAACCCAAGAUCAAGCUGAAGGACGGGCUUCCACUAAUGGAGGAAGAUUUCAGGCUGAGACUUGGUGUCCCCAGAAACAACUGAUCGAAAUAACAAACAAAAACAAGGCUUAGACCUGCUGCUGCGAUUGAUUGAGUUUCGUGUUCCUCUUCUUCUUUCUUUCCAGUAUAGUACAUUCACAAUCAUUUGUUCAAAGCUAUAGUAGUUCAUACCGGACUGCAGAUGUCUUUUUACUGCUCUUGUUUGAUCUCCUUAAGGUCAUAUCAUAAGUUGAUCAUAAAUCGAAAAUUACAAGUUCCCGUUUGCC